CGCCCCGCCCCGCCCGCUUCCGCCUUCCGGCCCCGGACUCUGCCCCGCGAGCGUGUGCCCUGGCAGCUAUGGCUCCGCUCCGCUUCUCGGCCAACGUGUCGUGGCUGUUCCCCGAGCUCCCCGGCCUCCCCGCGCGGCUUCGGGCGGCGGGCAGCUCGGGCUUCGAGGCCGCCGAGGUCGCCUGGCCGUACUCGGAGUCGCCCGAGGCGCUGGCGCGCGCGGCGCGGGAAGCGGGCCUGCGGCUGGUGCUGAUCAACACGCCCCCCGGGGACCGAGAGAAAGGGGAGAUGGGGCUGGGGGCCGUUCCCGGGAGGCAAGCGGCCUUCCGAGAGGGGCUGGAGCAGGCGGUGCUGUACGCCAAGGCUCUGGGCUGUCCCAGGGUCUUGAUGGAAGGAGCACUGGAGGCGAGGAUGCAGCAGAGAGAGACCAGGGAAGGCUUCGUUUGCUCAGCAGAAUUCCUAAGGAUUCACCUGAUGGCUGGCCGAGUGCCCCAGGGUGCUGACCGAGCAGCAGUCAGGAGUGAAAUGGAGACAGUUUUUCUGGAGAACCUGAGGCACGCGGCUGGGGUUUUGGCUCAGGAGAGCCUCGUGGGACUGCUGGAGCCCAUCAAUACCCGCAGCACUGACCCUCAGUACUUCCUGGACACGCCCCAACAGGCGGCAGCCAUCUUACAGAAGGUCGGAAGACCCAACCUCCAGUUACAGAUGGACAUAUUCCACUGGCAGAUCAUGGAUGGCAACCUGACAGGAAACAUCCGGGAGUUCCUACCCCUUGUUGGGCACGUGCAGGUGGCACAGGUCCCGGGCCGGGGGGAACCUGACAGCCCUGGAGAGCUGAACUUCCCCUAUCUAUUCCAGCUGCUGGAGGAUGAAGGCUACAAGGGCUUUGUGGGCUGCGAGUACCAGCCUCAAGAUGCCACGGCCUCCCUCUCUCCUCAGGAGACACGGCAGAGGGCCUGAACUGGCUUCGUUCCUACUGGGAUAGGCGGGGCCGCCCACAGGCUGGCCAGUGAGGUCCUGCCCGGCACCCACCUGCCUCUGUGGGACAGUGCACCAAGCAUCCCAAAUCUCCUGAAUUAAAAGACCACCUGCUGAACGUUU